AGCCGCUUCACCCCCUAAAACAGACGCCCCGCUCCUACGUACCGCAACCGUUCCCGUUUCUGCCGCUUAUUAACGCGUUGGCAUGCUAAUACAUAAACCAGCAAGGACACACGUGUAGGGACAUUGAAAGAUUAAAAUUGGAGAGAUUCGGGAGGUGUGUUGGAUUUUUAAAGGGCUCAGAAAGGGGGUUUAGCUUCACAGGCCCUUAUUUGCAGCUGUUUUUUGAGGGACCCCGCGCUACCACGUUGACACAUCUACGAGUGCGGACUGCGCAUGAGCGAUACGUGGUGGCCAAGUUGUAUGAACGCUGUAUCGGACUGGGCAGCUAGAGGAAGGAAGACCCGAGCCGGAGCAGAGCCUAUUCACACCGGGGAAGAGGCGGGGAGUGCGUGUUACAUUAAUAGGCUAUAUAUACCGUAGUGAGUCGGCUGUUAUUAGGAUAUUAGUUAUCAGAUACUAUAAAAAUGAUCCAGUGCGUGCACGCGAUGUUCUAUCUGGCGGUUUGGGUGGCGUUCGCCGCCUGCAGCGCUCCCCCGGUCCCGUUAGACGACAUCAUCAUUGAGAAAACUUUCGAGCCAGAAGUGUGCGGGCGUGCGGUGAAAGUAGGCGACUACGUCAGGUAUCACUACAUCGGCACGUUUCCCGACGGAAAGAAGUUCGAUUCGAGUUAUGACCGCGGUAGCACCUAUAAUGUGUUCGUGGGUAAGAAGCAGCUGAUCGCGGGAAUGGACAAGGCCCUGGUCGGCAUGUGUGUGAACCAGCGGAGUCUCGUCAAGAUCCCCCCGCAGCUGGCCUAUGGGAAAGGAGGAUAUGGUGACAUCAUCCCCGCAGACUCCAUCCUCCACUUUGACGUGCUGCUUCUGGACGUGUGGAACCCCGAGGACGGGGUGCAGAGCACCACCUACCUGACCCCGCCCACCUGCGUGCGCAAGGUGGAGGUGUCCGACUACGUGCGCUACCACUACAACGGCACCCUGCUGGACGGCACUCUGUUCGACUCCAGCCACACGCGCCUGCGUACCUACGACACCUACGUGGGGAUUGGCUGGCUGAUCGCUGGCAUGGACCAGGGCCUUUUGGGGAUGUGCGUCGGGGAGAGACGCAUCAUCACAAUGCCGCCAUCUCUGGGAUACGGCGAGAACGGAGACGGUAGUGACAUCCCUGGGCAGGCGUCGCUGGUGUUUGACGUGGUGCUGCUGGACCUCCACAACCCCCGGGACUCCAUCGCCGUGACCAACCAGGUGCUGCCCGAGCCGUGUCCGAGGAAGAGCGCCACGGGGGACUUUGUGCGCUACCACUACAACGGCUCGCUGCUCGACGGGACCUUCUUCGACUCCAGCUACUCGCGCAACCACACCUACGACACGUACGUGGGGAAGGGCUAUGUAAUCGCCGGCAUGGACGAGGCUCUGAUCGGGGUGUGCAUGGGCGAGCGGCUGACCAUCACCAUCCCCCCCCACCUGGCCUACGGAGAAGAAGGAACAGGCUCUAAGAUCCCCGGCUCGGCGGUGCUGGUGUUUGACGUCCACAUCAUCGACUUCCACAACCCCUCGGACACCACCGUGAUGACCGUCAUCCACAAGCCCGAGGAGUGCGAGAAGAUCACCAAGAACGGAGACUUCGUCAAGUACCACUACAACGCCUCGUUGAUGGACGGCUCCCACAUCGACUCCACGCACAACUACGGAAAGACGUACAACAUCGUGCUGGGGGCCAACCAGGUGGUGCCUGGUAUGGAGGAGGGCCUCAAGGACAUGUGUGUGGGAGAGAAGAGACACCUGGUCAUCCCCCCUCAUCUGGGCUACGGGGAGGGAGGCGUCACCGAUGAGGUGCCCGGCAGUGCGGUGCUGGUGUUUGACGUGGAGCUGGUUGAGGUGGAGGAGGGGCUUCCUGAAGGCUACAUGUUCAUCUGGAACGACGACGUGUCCCCCGACCUCUUCACCGAGAUGGACGUGGACCUCGACCAGCAGGUGGAGGCCUCGGAGUUCACAAACUACAUCAUGCGACAGGUGACGGAGGGCAGAGGUCGUCUGGCCCCGGGCUUCGACCCCUACCGCAUCAUCGACAACAUGUUCUCCAACCAGGACCGCAACGGAGACGGCAAGAUCACCGAGUCCGAGUUCAGGCUGAAGGCGGACGAGGCGACCCACGACGAGCUAUGACGGGCUUCAUGAUGUCCCUGAAGACCCCCUAGUCGGGGUUUAACAGUUCAAGUGGGCCGGGGGUUGAGGGGGACCAUUGAGAGGGGGAUUGGUUGGUUGGGGGUCGAGGGGGUUAUCUGGGGAGGGGGGACGAAGGUCAGGAGUGGCGUAUGAACCGUUUUUUUAGUGGUGUAUUUUUUUAUCGUGUCGAAAUUCAGAAAUUGUCUCGGUUGCAUGUACCCCCCAUUUUGUUUUUCGGGGGGGAUGGAUAAACCGGGUCUAUACAACCUUUUUUUUGUUUGUUUCUUUGAGUACAUAGUUCAUGCGAUGAACCUCAUCCAAGUUGGAUUGACAUUUUUUACGAAUCCAAAGCAGGAUAUCACGAUAAGUCGCCUGGAGGACAAAGACAACUGCAUGUGGACCAGAUAGCAUAGAGAUCACUUAAUGUGAAGGCGAUGAAGAAGAGUGAGACUCACCACACUCUCUUUCAGUUUUUGUUUCUGUCGCAAUGUAUUAAGAUGUCCUUUUGUAUUGAGUAUUUGUAUUUGGGCUUUGAGCAGACCUCAAGUACGUUCUGGUACGUUAACAAGCCAGGACCUCUGCCUUAUUGCCCCUGGUUGGCUUGUUCCUCCUCAGCUUAAAGUCGGGCUGUUGGCAGUAUUGUGUGGUUGUGUUUACCGUGCAUAUCACUGGUUUCAAAUGUAUCUCCUAGUAAUAUCUUGAUGAACCAAUACAUCAGUUACAAUUUCUCACUCUUCAUUAUCAUGGCGGAGUGUGUGUGUGUGUGUCUGUGCGUAAGUGUGUGUGUGUGUGUGUGUGUGUGUGUGUACAUAUAUGUGUGUGUGUGUGUGUGUGUGUGUAUGAAUUUUGUCCUAGAGCUACAUUAAUUUUAACCGCCAUACCGACAUUACAUGGAUCCACCUGACCACCUGGCAGUGUACACCUUCCCCAGCUAGACCUUUCUAACCCGUGGUCCAGGCUGCUGGUGUGCUUGUCUGUAGUUCUACUUGACACUGAGAAUGGAAAUGUAGUGGAAAGUGUGUGCAAUCACUUUUUUAUCUUUUGCUUCAUAACUGAACUUUGGUUUUCAUUGUUAUUUUGCAGACGCAAAUAUUUAAUAUGAAUAAAAGUACGGACCAACCUUUAA